ACGCACGCCAUCUGCUCCGUGUUAUUAUAGGCGGCUUUAGAUUUAAGGACCCCAACUUCUGCUGCUCCCUUUCGCCCAGACUACUUUGGUCUCACUAUCUCCGCCAACUCACUCCUCAGCGUUAAUGAGGGCAUCUCCAGUUUCGUGUUUUCUCACACAGCCCCAGAUCCAGAAUCAUCCAGAGCCUUUAUUUUAACAUAGCGGUGUAUGGUUGCCUGGUGACGUCAGCGUCCCAGCAAGAGUCCCAGUUUCUGCUGGACUGGAGCUGGACUGGAGCCUGAUGACUGUGGAGAGGAAUCAAACAGGAUGAUUUUCCAUUGUAGUCUAAAGAAUUGCCCAAGCUCUCAGUGCCACAGGCUUGACCCAAACUGAAAGGUGUAUGGGACUAUGUUUCGGAGAGCGGCGGUGUUGAAGCCAGCAGACGAUGAGAACCUGGAUUCUGGAUCUGAAACUGCAGAGUCUGACUGCAGCAGGAUGUCAUCAUCUGGCAUUGAGCUCAUGACCAGCCGGGCAAGACAACGACGGCCACAGCAGCCGCCCCUGCUAGUGAACUUACAUCUGCUGGCCAAUCCUGGAGAUUCACUGCUGCUCCAGCACACCCUGGAUCGCCUCCUCCGCUGGCUCUGCCCAAGCCUUAGAAUCUUUCAUGUGUCAGAGAGGGCCUCCCCAAUCAGAAGUUAUACCCGCUUCUGUCCUGUGUCAGGCUACCCCUCUGUGGCCAUCACUUUCUUCCUCCAUGAGGCGUAUGGAGAGGAGCGAAUCCUGAAAGUGUUGGACUUCUUCCAGCAUCCACCAUGGCAGUACCAUCACACAGAGAGCUGCGGCAAACGGACCGCAGGGAUCCACAUCACCUCCAGCAGCUCUCCCACUAACGCCCUGCUGCGGCCGUACCUCCUGCCCAGCAGAGACUUCUACAGUUUGGGUGCAGGGAUGCCUGUGUGGGGGGUUCGACCAGUGCACUGUGGAGGGGAGAUACUGCGUGUGACGUUGUACAGUGGAUAUGACAACUAUGAGGAUUCUGUGCGUCUCUAUGAAACAGUGCUGCAGCGAGAGGCAGAGGAGCAGAAGACAGGGUUCUGUUGGUUCACUCUCCACACAGAGCCUGGGCUGUGCCUGCAGCUGGCUAUAAAACAGUUAUCACCAGGGGUUCGGGUGGAGCCAUGCAACUCUGCCGUGCUGCAGUUUAGUGUGGACGAAAUCGGACAGCUGGUGCCUCUGAUGCCCAACCCCUGCACCCCCAUCAGCACAACACGCUGGCAGACAGAAGACCUGGAUGGAAACAAGAUUCUCUUCCAGGUGAAAACCCCAACUCAACCUCAGCGACCUCUGACCUGUGCUUUUCCCCUGACCUGCCCCAGCAUGUCCCCUCGAGGAAUGCAGCUCAGGAGCCCUGGACAGGGCCACAGCCUGUCGCCCUGCAGCCUCCAAACAACCCUGCCGUGGCAGACACAUAGGCAAGGUCACAGGCCGCGCAGUGACCCAGGCCUGGAGAAGCUUUAUGGGGGUAGGGGAGCAGAGAGUCUAGGAUCAGGAAGCUGCUGCAGCACCCCUCCAGGCAGCUCCUGUUACUCAUCCCAGCGCAGCAGCCCUUCAACCACUAAUCACCCUGAGUCUCCUCUGCGCCCCUCUGUCACCCGCUCCCUCUCUCAUCUUCUCCUGGAGGAGGAGGAAGAGGAGCCAGAGACCAACGUGGACACAGGAGCUGCGGUCACACCUCACUGUGACUCUGCUGUCACACUAAUCACUCGCUCUUCUUCCAUGGAUCUAUUGAAUUCUCUCAGCUCUGAGAGACCCGCAGCUGUUGGGGCUUCAUCUGUCGACAGUCUGGCCAGGGAGCUGACUGAAUGUCUGCCAUUGAAGCACUUAUACCCACUGGGCCCCUCGAAGACAUGGGGCUCCACUGGUUGUCAUGAUGCAGCCAGACUGGGCUGUGUGAGCAGGACUAAGGCAGCAGGACAGAGCCCCUGCAGAGGGCCUGUGGUGGAGAGCAGGACUACUGCAAAUCUGCUAUCAGCACGUACAUGCAAUGAGGAACCGAUUGAUGAGUUCUUCAUCUAAAUCAUGCAUGCUAUUGUGAUUACAACAGAAGAGAAGAGGUGAGACAAGAGAGGGUAUGAAGUCAUGCAGGAGACACAAAAACACAGUAAUCCACAAGAAGCCAAAGUUUAUCUGCAGGUGACGCUCUCCACCCAGAAGUCGUCCCAUAAGUUUCAAUAAUAUACUGAACAUUUGUCCUAAUCUUACUCACACCUGUCGACAGAGCGGUACAAGGUCAGUGAAGGUGAUAAAACACUGUUGUAUGUCUUUCAAUCUUGAACUAAUGAUUUGUGCAGCUAUUGUGAUAAAAUAUGUCCCUGUGUAUAUAUAUAGGAAAGCAUGAAGGAAAUGCUCUGUAUGAGGAGCUACUGUCAGUGUAAUAGUGUCUAGGUGUCUGUAGUAUUAAUCAGCCUGGGUGUCUUUUUGAUUGCCUUUGAAACAGAUGAUGAUCUCAGUGUGAAGUUGCUCUGUGAUUAGAUGUCAGAUGUAGUCUGAUUGCGCCCACAGUGCAGUAAGUCUGUGUUGCAGGUUUAGCCCAGAGGCUUUUUUUGACUAAUUGCACUUCAGAUGAUUCUUAUUUUAGUCGUAUUAAGGUUCCAAAGGUCUGGCAAAGUCACGAUAUUUUUCUCAAAUAGCCUAUAAAGUUAACAGGAUUUUCUGAAUUAUGACUUUGGACUUGAUGAAAAUAUCUAGUUUAAUAUAUAUUUCUUAAUAAUAAAAUAACUGUUAGUAUGUAGUGUUUCAUACAGCUCUAGUGUUUCCUGAGCCGGAGACCUCAGAAAUGAUAAUGAGUGUGAGGCCACAGUGAGCUGAGGAAUGAGAAGACAGAUUCACCGCAGGUUUAUAUAGUGGGUGCAUCAUGAGUUGAACUGAUCAGCUCCCACAGAAGAUUGUCAAUCCAAAAACACUCCCUCAUUGUGCUUAGGAUAAAUAAGGCAAAUGUUUUAAGACAUUACUGAUAAAACUUGUUUACACAGACAAGGAAUACACUGUUUUUAAACUCUAGUUUAGACGAGUCUCUUCCAUUUGAAAUGUAUCCUGUUAAUCAAACUUUCAUAUGUGGAUUGUUACCUUCCUAAAUAAGCCACGAGUUGUCUUUUUUGUUGCAUUGUGGCCAAUGUUUCAUCAAAUGCACCACCAUUUAGGUAACUCAGUAUGAGCAGCUCCUGGUGGGCUGAUCACUGGUCAGCUGUGGGUGUGCAGGAUCGAACUGUCAACUGUGAGAGCUUUACUUGAAAACAGCCAGCAUGCUCAGUCAGAAUUCAAAUGUUCAGUGAUGCAGAGAAAUGUCUUAAGGCUUGGUAUGAACAGAUAAAUUAAUAAACAGCUUUCUGCUGUGGACCGAU